UGAUUGGCCGCUUCGGAAGGAUUCCUAGCGACCGUUUUUCCCGACGUCAUAUAAAAGUGUCCGGCUGCUCCUGACGGGACACUCGCUCCCUUCACUGCUCCGGACACACAAACAAACAACAGACAGAAGGCGGGGACAUGUUGACGCAAGUGUUGUUCGCCCUGCUCGGCCUGAGCUCCGCGCUGGUCCGCGCGUUCCCCUCCCGGGACCCGGACGGGGGCACCAACUGGGUGGUGAUCGUGGCUGGCUCCAAUGGCUGGUACAAUUACAGGCACCAGGCAGAUGCAUGCCAUGCCUACCAGAUCGUCCACAAGAACGGCAUCCCGGAUGAGCAGAUUGUGGUCAUGAUGUACGAUGACCUGGCGCAUAAUGAGAAUAACCCCACCCCUGGGAAAGUGAUCAACAGGCCGAAUGGCACAGACGUGUACGAGGGAGUUCCUAAAGACUACACCGGAGACCACGUGACCCCUGAGAACUUCCUGGCAGUGCUGAAGGGGGACUCCUCUCACGUCAAAGGGGGCUCCGGAAAGGUUUUGAAGAGCGGCCCCAACGAUCACGUGUUUGUUUACUUUACCGACCACGGGGCGCCUGGUAUUCUGGCCUUUCCCAAUGAUGACCUCAAUGUUGACGAUCUCCAAAGCACCAUUACCUACAUGCACGACAAUAAGAAGUACAAACGGAUGGUGUUCUACAUCGAGGCUUGUGAGUCCGGCUCAAUGAUGAAACACCUGCCUGCUGACAUCAACGUGUACGCCACCACAGCCGCCAACUCACACGAGUCGUCCUACGCCUGCUACUAUGACGAGAAGAGGGACACGUACCUGGGAGACUGGUACAGCGUCAACUGGAUGGAGGACUCCGACGCGGAGGACCUGAAAAAGGAAACUUUGGCGAAGCAGUUCAAGAUCGUAAAGAGCCACACAAACACCAGCCACGUCCAGCAGUUUGGGAACAAGACGAUGGCCCACAUGAAGGUCAUCGCGUUUCAGGGGAACGCCAAAGCCAGUGGCCUCAGCGCUCCUCUCACGACCCUGCAGCCAGUUAGAGAUCUGGAUCUGACCCCGAGCCCCGACGUCCCUCUGGCCAUCCUCAAGAGGAAGCUGAUGGCCUCCAAUGACAUCCAACUUGCAAGAGGGCUGCUGAUGGAGAUCAACUCCCACCUCAAGGUCAGGGAGAUGCUGGCUGAGACCAUGCGCCAGGUGGUUGAGAGGGUGACCGGCAACAAGCUCAAGGCCGAGGACGUUCUGAACGGCAGAGCCGACCUGUCCCAGCAUCAGUGCUACAAGGCCGCAGUCCACCACUACAAGCACAACUGCUUCAACUGGCACAGGGCCGAGUAUGAAUACGCUCUGAGACAUCUGUACGCUCUGGUGAACCUGUGCGAGCGCGGCUACUCUGCAGAAAGCAUCCAGCUGGCCAUGGACUUUGUGUGUCCGGACAGCAAUUAAAGGGGUUUCUACAAAUCCCUGAAAGUCUGCUUCUUCCACGUGGGAUGACCCGGGACCUCAUGACCUCAUUGCACGGCUAAAAAAUCUAUCGGUAGUGGAGUUGACGUCAUUGUUUAAUCAACACUAUAACCCUUUUUUUUUUUUUUACUUUUGAUGUUUCUUGAUUUUACUGAGAACUUUUAAAUGUGUUUUAUGAUGCGUUUGCACUAUCACUGUGAAAGGUUUGGGGAUGAUAUUGUACUGCUUUUGAUUAUCUUUAAAAAUGUAACUGAAUGACAAUUAUGACAUGAAAUUCAUGUUAAUUUGUUUUUGCUCUGAGCUGUUUAUUGACAUGCCACUAAACGUUGAAUGUUGAACCUCAAGAGACCUUGUAACACAAGAAUAUGGAAAUAAAUCUGAAUGACAAAAACCGA